AUGGGCGUUGUGUGGGUGUUUGGCCUGUUAACCGCGGUUGCUGCCGACGAUCUCUGUCGGAAAGCUGACCGACUAACGUCCGGGCUGAACUGGUCGCCGGCUCCACAUUGUGUAGUUCGAAUCAUAGCUGCCCCUCGAAAUAGUCGGCACCUGAAGACGAACUACAUCCGUAUUGUGAUUGGUCGUCGGCAAUCGUGCAUCUCGGUUCCAUCCCACCCAGACUCCAUAACGGAGAUCUCAAAACUCCUCAGUGGCUUCUAUGUAGGAAUGAAUUUCUCCGAUAUUGAGCUCUGA